UGUAUGUGUUGGACGGCGAAGGACGUCGGAAGAAGGCCAUGGAUAACGGCUCCUGACGCCUCCAUGCCUUGACCUGCCCCUCGCCUGGUGUUCAUGGGAGACGGAUCGUCGCUGAGGUAACUUUUGGCCUUUAGGCAGGUCCUCUUCACAAAUUCUCUGCGGGUUGGUUGGCGAAAACGAGCAGAAUGCCCCGGAACAGGGCCUUCUCCGAGCCCGAAUACUCGGCGGAGUAUUCUGCAGACUACUCGGUCAGCUUGCCCUCCGACCCCGAGCACGGGGUAGGACGGACCCAUGAGGUUACCGUGAGGAACUCCGGCUCGUGCCUGUGCCUGCCGCGCUUUAUGCGCCUCACGUUUGCCCCGGAGUCCCUGGAGAACCUCUACCAGACCUACUUCCGGCGGCAGCGCCACGAGACAUUGCUGGUCUUGGUGGUCUUUGCUGCCCUCUUCGAUUGCUACAUCAUCAUCAUGUGCACUGUGCGGUACACCGCGGAGAAGCUGCCCCCCACCUUAGCCGCCUCCGUGGCUUUGGCCGCCCAGAUCCUCCUCUUUGUCCUAUGCAAGUAUGAGCUCCUGCCAGAUCGCGUCACCCGGAAGUUCAUGCCUUACGUCCUGUGGAUACUCAUAGCCGCCCAGAUAUUCUGCUACCUGGGCCUGAACUUCUCCCGUUACCACGAGGCCAGCGACACGGUUGGCUGGCAGGCCUUCUUCGUCUUCUCCUUUUUCAUCACCCUCCCCCUGCGCCUCACGCCCAUCGUCCUCAUCUCGGCCGUCUCCUGCGGCAUUCACACCCUGGUGUUGGGGGUCACCAUCGCGCAACAGCAGCAGGAGUUCCUCAAAGGGAAGGACUUGCUGUGGCAGAUCUUGUCCAAUGUUGCUAUCUACCUGUGUACCAUCUGUGUGGGCAUCAUGUCGUACUACAUGGCCGACCGCAAGCACCGCAAAGCCUUCCUGGAAGCUCGACAGUCGCUGGAGGUCAAGCUCAACCUUGAGGAGCAAAGCCAACAGCAGGAAGAGCUGAUGCUUUCAAUUUUGCCCAAGCACGUAGCUGAUGAAAUGUUGAAGGAUAUGAAGAAGGAUGCGAGCCAGAAAGAGAUGCAGCAGUUUAACACCAUGUACAUGUACCGACAUGAGAACGUCAGCAUCCUCUUUGCUGACAUCGUUGGUUUCACACAGCUGUCGUCUUCAUGCAGUGCCCAGGAACUGGUAAAGCUUCUGAACGAACUCUUUGCUCGCUUCGAUAAAUUAGCAGCGAAAUAUCACCAGCUGCGUAUCAAAAUCCUGGGAGACUGUUACUACUGCAUUUGCGGACUGCCUGACUACCGUGACGACCAUGCCGUCUGCUCGAUCUUGAUGGGUCUGGCUAUGGUGGAGGCUAUUUCCUAUGUGCGAGAGAAGACCAAAACGGAUGUGGACAUGCGUGUGGGAGUGCACAGUGGCACCGUCCUGGGGGGCGUUCUGGGACAGAAGCGUUGGCAGUACGACGUGUGGUCCACGGAUGUGACGGUGGCAAACAAGAUGGAAGCAGGAGGCAUCCCUGGGCGUGUACACAUUUCCCAGAACACCAUGGACUGCCUGAAGGGAGAGUUUGAGGUGGAGCCAGGAGAUGGCGGGUCACGGUGCGAAUACCUGAAGGAAAAGGGGAUUGUCACCUAUCUCAUCCAGGUUCCAAAGCAGCCAAUCAAGAAUGGAAUCAAUGGUGUGAAGUUGUCCGUCUCGUCUUCUCACGGGAACUCGCCUCAGCUGAUCAACACCAAAGAGUGCAAUGGGAGCAUUAACAUCACCUGCACGACCCCAGACGAGGCGGAGGAACUGGACACCAGGGUGGUGAACCCUUCCUUCCCCAACCCUCGGAGGCGCCUGCGCUUGCGUGACCUGGCCGAGAGGGUGGUGGACGCGUCGGAGAACGAACAGGAGCUCAACAAAUUGCUGAACGAGGCUUUGUUGGAGAGGGAGUCGGUGCAGGCGCUGAAGGGCCGGUCCACCUAUCGCCUGUCCAUGCGCUUCAUUGACCCUGAGAUGGAGACGCGUUACUCCGUGGAGAAGGAGAAGCAGAGCGGAGCGGCCUUCAGCUGCUCGUGCGUCGUCCUCUUCUUUACUGCUGUGGUGGAGAUCUUCAUCGAUCCGCGGUUGGUGACGAAUUACGUGACAUUUGUUGUCGGUGAAAUCCUUCUGCUCAUCCUGACUCUGUGCUCGCUGGCUGCCAUCUUUCCCAGGGUUUUCCCUAAAAAGCUUGUGGCUUUUUCCACGUGGAUCGACAGGACUCGAUGGGCCAGGAACACGUGGGCCAUGUCCGCCAUUUUCAUCCUCCUCAUGGCGGACAUUGUAGACAUGCUGAGCUGCCAGCAGUAUUACAGCAGUGUCAACGAGACGACGCCGGCCUGGAUUCCCAGCGGCUGCGUGGAGAACCCCAAGUACUACAGCUACAUUGCCGUGCUGGCGCUCAUUGCCACCAUCAUGCUGGUGCAAGUCAGCCACAUGGUCAAGCUCACCCUGAUGCUGCUGAUCACCGGGGCGGUGGGCGUCGUCAACAUACUCGCCUGGCAGCACAUCUUCGACACGUAUGACAAGGAGCGGUUCCAGGAGAGCAGCUACUGGCUCGUUCCGUCCAAGUACUCCACCACCGUGAUGAUCUUCGUGAUGAUGUUAAGUUUCUACUAUUUCUCACGCCAUGUGGAGAAGCUGGCCAGGACUUUGUUCGUGUGGAAGAUCGAUGUUCACGACCAGAAGGAGCGCGUGUACGAGAUGAGGCGCUGGAAUGAGGCCCUGGUCACCAACAUGCUGCCAGACCACGUGGCCCGUCACUUCCUCGGCUCUAAGAAACGGGACGAGGAGCUGUACAGUCAGUCUUACGAUGAGAUCGGCGUCAUGUUUGCCUCCCUCCCCAACUUUGCCGACUUCUACACGGAGGAGAGCAUCAACAACGGCGGGAUCGAGUGCCUGCGCUUCCUCAACGAGAUCAUCUCGGAUUUCGAUGCGCUCCUGGACGAUCCCCAGUUCCGGUGCAUCACCAAGAUCAAAACUAUUGGUAGCACCUACAUGGCGGCAUCUGGAGUGACCCCGGACGUCAACACCAAUGGCUAUAACAACACUGUGAAGAAGGAAGAACUUUCAGAAAAGGAGCGCUGGCAACAUUUAUCGGAUCUUGCUGACUUUGCCUUGGCCAUGAAGGAGACAUUGAUGAACAUUAACUACCAAUCCUUCAAUAACUUCAUGUUGCGAAUAGGCAUGAACAAAGGAGCGGUGCUGGCGGGAGUCAUUGGUGCCCGCAAACCUCACUACGACAUUUGGGGGAACACGGUGAACGUGGCCAGCCGGAUGGAGUCCACAGGUGUCAUGGGGAAUAUACAGGUGGUGGAAGAGACUCACUUCAUCCUGAAGGAGUACGGCUUUCGCUUUGUGCGUCGGGGCCACAUCUACGUCAAAGGCAAAGGCGAUCUGUUGACCUACUUCAUGAAAGGGCGCGAGAAGCAAGGUUCCUUCAUCAACGGCUCCUGCGUGACUUUGCCCCACCAGGUGGUCGACAGCUCUUGAAGCGUCUCAAGCGCUGCACGCAGGUUACUGAGAGGAGCAGGUGUCUCCAAGGUGCCCAAAGGCAAGCAGUUUUCAGCACCUGACGUGCCAGACGGGAGAUUGCUAUAAACACCUCUAACAUGAUUAGAUUUACAGGAAACCAACCCCUUCACCCCUCCCUUUCUUCUCGAAGGCUUAUUAUUUGGCGAGGCUCCCUUGGCCAUCAGUGUCCGCAUUUGCCUCCUGAUGUAUCUGCGGGAACGGGAGGAAUUCCUGCCCAUUCUGCACGUCUGUGGCCUCUUGCACAUUUGGGACUGGAAUUGGGAGCAGGGAAUAGAAUCGUAACUGCAGCAUCGCUUGGGUAGAUCACCGUGGCUAUGUUAGUCCAAGUGAGCGCCAGGCACUGUGGCUUUGCUAUAAUAAAUACAAACUCAGGAUGGCUAAAGUAAAUACAAACUCAGGAUGGGUACUAACAGCAAGCAGAUGAGCUGUGCCACGCUUGGGCCGUUUGUUCUUAGUUCACGUGGGCUCACCUUUGCCGCAAAACCACUGUAGGUAAGUAGAAGAAAAAGAAGAGCAAGUGCAAUCUAUUUCUUUUGUCUAUAAAAAAGAUGUCCUAUUUCAAAUAUAUAAAUAUAUAUAUAUAAAUAUAUAUAUAAAAAGAUACAGAUUAACUUUAUAUUUUUAAUUGUGUCUUAAUUCUGAAAGUGAGGUGCCUCUUUCAGGCUGCACCUUUGCAUCUUUUGCUGCCCUCACCUCUGCUGAUGCUUUGAAAGGAAGAGAUUUAUACAGCCUGGUUCAAGACUGUUUUUUAUUAAGAGCUUUCAUCCGAUUGUUAUGCUGGAAUAAAAAGGCGUAACCG